GCGCGCCUCCUCGACAGGCAAGACCCGUUCGCCAGUCAGCUCAUCCACUUCCUCCUGGUGAGACCGUGCGGCUUGACCCUCGUGCACAAGCCGCUGGCUGUGUUUAUUUUGCCGACUCGAUUGUGGUGCCCAGUGAUCGUCGGGCCGGUGCAAAAAAGACCUCUGGAUUAGUGUUAACCUCCGCCAAUUUGGAUCUCUCUCUCGCUCACACUGUCUUUGUGCAAUUUUGGAUAACCCUCCAUCGGAACACGUCGUGGUGUCAGCAGACGCGGCGACGAUGUCCUCCUCCUGACGUCCGACUCUUGAUUAGCUCACCCGCCUAAACGAUGACUCGGUGCUGAAGCAGCAGCCGAGUCUGACCCCCCGCCCCGUCUCGCCCCCGCGGAGCGAGAGACGUGACCGCCGCUGGUGCCGUUUCACGACCGUGUCGAGCCCACCGCCGUCCCGCUGGAUCCCCCGUGGCUCAGUCCGCGCCGCCCUGCGCACGGACACAACUCGUACGGCGACGGUGGUCAGGCGUCGUCCACCAGCGCGCCGCUCAUCUCGUCGACCACGUGCUCGCCGCUGCCGUCCUCGUCGUGCUCGCCGGACAACAACCUGGCAGCCAUCGACCACCUGACCUUUAACGGCAUCGGCAUGAAGCUCAUGAUGGACAACGUGGACAUGAUGGGCUACAUGAACGACUACGGCGUCGUCGACAGCUCGGGCGAGAUGACGCUGACGUCGUCCACCACGACGGACGAUCUCAAGAUGAUCAACCCCGUGGUCGAAAACAAGUCACCGCUGGAUUCGCUGGACACGCUGCUGACCGGGCACGCCGUCAACGAAACGAUAAUAACGGACCUCAAGCCCCUGCCGCCGUUCAACGCGUCGUACACGGGCCAGGUGCGUCUCAACUACCAGCACCGUGCCAACGAGUUUUACGCGCACUCGCCGCAGCAGCAGCACCAGCAGCAGCAACAGCAACACCAGCACCAGCAGCAAAUUCCGUCGCCGAAUAGCGGCGUCGUCGGCAGCACCAACCGGCUGGAGGCCAACAACAACAAUUCUAACGUAAACAAUAAUAACAGCAACAACGUGUACAAAAGCUGCGGCGUCACCACCAGCGGCAACGAACUGUUUUUCAUGACGGAGCCCGUGACGUCGACCGUCGACGCCAAGGAGGCGGACGUCAUGCUCAGCAGCAUGGUGAACGCCAAGGAGGCGGAAGUGAUGCUGGGCCAAAUCGGGGACAGCGAAAUGGAAGACUUCGCCGCCAUCAUCGGCAACGUGAUGGCAGACACGACCGUCAACAUGAAGUCGUGGAUAGGAAUAGACGAGUUUGACUUUCCCAAGGAGGACUACCUGCAGGUGAUGACCAACCCGUUCGGCGACUGCUCGCAGUCGCCGCCGUCGUCCAACCCGUCGUCGGUGGUGUCCCCUCCGUCCAGUUCGCAGCAGCAGCCGCAGACGUCGUCGACGCUGCAGUCUUUGCUGACGCAGGGCACACCGCCGGCCAACUACCAGGCUGUCAUCAACAGCGGCGGCGGCGUCACCGUGAAACGCGAGCCCGCCACCUACCACCACAUGCCGCUGCUGCAGAGCCGGCUGCAGAACGGCGCCAUGAUGCCCAGCAAGGACGCCGCUCAGCACCACCAGCAACAACAGCAGCAUCAGCAGCAACAGCAACAACAACAACAGCAGCAGCAGCAGUUCCUGACCUACUGCGGCGGCAAAGAUAUGUUACCUCACACGACGCUGGCGAGUCCGCCGGGCCACGUGUCCACCUCUGAGCUGAUCAACGGCGGCGGACCGAGUCCGGCGGGCCGUUUCAACAACCAGGCACGAGGCGGCAGCGCUGCUAGUAAGUUCCGCACGGCUAACAACCGCGGCGGCGAACUGGACUCUUUCGGGGUGGCUGUGCCGGUGGUGAAAAAGUCCAAAAGCCGCAGCAAGAGCAAGCUGAACGCCGCCGCGCAGAGCAACAACGCGAGCGGCGGCAACAAUAACAACAACCCGGCGGCCGGGCUGGCCACGUACCCGGACGGCAGCGCCAAGGAGAAGCCGGUGCACCACUGCACCAUGUGCAACCGCGGCUUCCUCAACAAGUCCAACAUCAAGGUGCACAUGCGGACGCACACGGGCGAGAAGCCGUUCCGCUGCGAGGUGUGCUCCAAGGCGUUCCGCCAGAAGGCCCACCUGAUCAAGCACCAGCAGAUUCACAGGCGGGUCGGCCGCGAUUGAGUGCUCUGCAGAAGUUGAGACGCGCGAGACGUGCUUCCCUCCGCCCCCGGUCCCCGACCCGGUUCGCGGCCUGCCCGGUCCAACGUGAUGUUACACAGCCCACCUGAGGAUUUUACUUGAAAAAGAUGAUAUUUACUAGUCAACGGAGCACUCUCGUCCUUUUCUCUGCCGCCCGCCCGCCCGCCCGCCUCCGCCCCCGACCCUCCCCCAACCUCGAGUUAAGUACUUUUUUAUAUCUAUUCACUCAACAGAAGUUCGAAAAAGAAAAUGUUGGCAAUGAUUGUACCUGCGAACUCCCAACAACCUGUGAACUGCCCUAUUAAGUGUUAGUAAGUGCGUGCAAAAUCAAAUUUGUGAAACUACUGUCAAGUGUGAAGCAGGAGUUUUUCAAUCACGAGCCAAAGAUUAUCCGACCUGCUGCGAUCAAGAGACGAACUUAAUUUUUCAAUGAAAAGAAUUAAUAUUUAUAUUCUGGUAAGAUAUAAUAUGUAUCGUAUUUGUUAAACGGUUAAUAAGAACAAGUUCCUCAAAUCGAUGAUAAAGCGAAGAUGAAGAAUGACAAAAUCGCCGAAGAACUCAUUUGGUUUUUCUUAUAUAUUCUCACAAACACCAGAAUAAUAAAACUUAACUUAACGCGUGCAAGUGUCCGCAGCAGCGCGACGCGUCACUGCGCGCGACGGUCAUUCCAUUCAUUCAAUGAAAAAAUCGAUGUAAAAAGAAUGUGUAAUAUAUAUUUUUGUAUGAUUAGAACCGUCGCCACGCGUGCGUUUUCGCGUCGUGCUGCGCCAGCACUAUAUACACUGCGAAGAAACACAUGAACGGAACAAGGCGGGGUACGUAACAUGAAAACGAAAUAUUUUCUCAACGCUAUAUACUUCUAGAUAGAACAGUCCUUCCUCUUUGUCAGAGGGACUCCACUACUUAACUGCUAACUUGAAUUGUUGUUGUGUCCCAUUUAUCUCAUGCGUUGUUGCUGCUGUUGUCGCCUGCAUCAAACACACACACACACACACAUCACACACACACUCAAACAAAUAUCCACAAUCAAGAAAGUGAAACUACCACCAAGUUGUUGUUGUUGACGAUGAAUAAUAAAUCAUAUAUGAUUUGUAAAUAUGAUAUUUUGUACAGAAUUUAUAUGCAGUAAUUGCUUUGGUUAAAUUUAUACGUGAAUAAUCAAUCGUUAUUUAUAUGCAAUUCUCCAGUAUCUUGUAAGCGUAGCAGUUUUGUUAAAAUCGGAAUCUCCAACGCGCAAUACAAUAAUUUUAGACAUGUAACCAACCAAGUGCGUGCAACGAACUUUACACACAAAUAAUACGAAACUGCGAAGGACUACGAAAUAAUAUAUAUUUUUGAUACGCGAUGCAAUCUUCUGAUAUAUUUUUUUCUCUCAAACGGGUGUAUGCUGCUGCAAAGGGUUCAUUUCGUUGUGUAAUUUUAUGCUCUUGACGAAACGUAGACUUCCGAAAACAGGAAUACAGCGGUUGCUCUCAACGUGCGCAGAGUUGUGCUUUUUUUCUCUCCGCUCUUGGAGCAUUCUUUUAACGUGUAUUAUAUAGAUUUUGUUUAUUUAUUGUUGAUCAAGCAAAGUACAACUCGCCAAAAAUCGCGUCUUCCCCCAUCCCCCUUCCAUGGAAUGCAGUUUCCGUCGAUUUUAAUUUAUUUCCCUCGGGUCGACCCUCACCAGAGUUUUUCCAGCGCCCUUGCUCAUCGGAGAACUUACUUUUAUUAAUUUAUUUACUCCACUGUACUAAUUGGGAAUUGGUGCAUAAUUUUAAUGGCCUGUCUCCUUUCUCCGCUCUGUCCCGCGCACAAAAUCUACUUUAACACACACACACACAUACGCAAACACACACAUACACUUGGUCGCAUUUUUCCACUUUUUCAUACUGUACGAGUGGAAAAUCUGCGCUGUCCGUGCUGCUGACGAGAGUGAAACUCGUUCUCAAACUGUUUUAAUACUUAAACGCGCAUAUGUAAUGUCGAAUAGAUGUCGGAAGUGAAGAGAACAAAAUUGAGGAUGUUAAUAUAGUUUCUUUUUUAAAAUAAUACAAAUUGAAUGAAAAAAAUAA